AUGGGAGACGCUUCUUCUGUGCAAGACAUAAAACUCGGGGAUAAAAUCGGUGAUGGUUCGUAUGGAGAGGUUUUUAAAGCUGUUUGGAGUGGAAAGCAAGUCGCUGCCAAACGAAUUCGCACGGUAUUCUUCGAAGGCGAUUACGACGGAAGCAUCAGAGCAGCGUUCUUGGAGAAGUUUAAAUCAGAAUGGGAGCUUCUCAGCAAUCUUAAACAUCCUAAUAUUGUAGAGUAUUACACAGUGAUCCUACCUCCUACCCCAGAGACACCGAUCAUCGUCACCGAGCUGUUAGCAUGCGACUUGGCGAAACACAUUCGGGAUUCGCAAAGCAAACCCAAAGUUUCUUUCUCUGAAGUGGUGAAAAUUAUGUUGGACGUUGCCGAAGCUCUGCACUAUCUUCAUNCAGCGUUCUUGGAGAAGUUUAAAUCAGAAUGGGAGCUUCUCAGCAAUCUUAAACAUCCUAAUAUUGUAGAGUAUUACACAGUGAUCCUACCUCCUACCCCAGAGACACCGAUCAUCGUCACCGAGCUGUUAGCAUGCGACUUGGCGAAACACAUUCGGGAUUCGCAAAGCAAACCCAAAGUUUCUUUCUCUGAAGUGGUGAAAAUUAUGUUGGACGUUGCCGAAGCUCUGCACUAUCUUCAUUCACAAAAGCCACCUGUUGUUCACCGCGAUUUGGCGAGCAAGAAUGUACUGUUAACAAAAUCGCUACACGCAAAGAUCGCUGAUUUGGGUUUGGCGAAAGUUUUUCCGCACAGUGCCAUGUAUGCUACAGCUGUCCCGGGAACUCCGGUCUACGCCGCCCCAGAAACGUAUCCCAAGAAAAUGGGAAGAACAACUAAACGAGAUCAAGCAAUCUACACGGAGAAAAUCGACAUAUUCUCCUUCGGCGCUCUUAUGUUGGAGACGAUUAUUGGUCAUUUACCUGAACGCAAUUUACCUGAUCCGGUUCUUGAAGGUUAGUAUUUGUUAGUAGACUGUCGACUGAUAAAACUAUCCGAAAUUCCCUCGUAUUGAUCGUUUAGAAGUAACGUAAUUAUAGACGAAAUAUAGGUUUGGCUGCUUUGUUUGGUUACGCACUAUAAACCCUCUAGUCUCUCCACUGUCACAAAAUUAAAGUUUGUAGUCGUGCGGUUGUGUUUUACCUCACUUAACGUAAGCUCGCUUCCCUUACCUUAGGAUUACUAAAAAAAUCCAUCCAGUAUUAGUGACUAAAAGAGAUCGACGCCGGUCUUCACAGCCGUUUUUUUAGUGCAAAGCGAAAAAAUGGCACACAAAAAGAGUCACGCAAUUCACCACCCGUAAAACUGCUGGCAUCUGGCUUUCAUGAAUGCUCAACCCAGACACCUUAGUUGUUUAUAUUUUAGAUGGCCUCCGUUGCCUUUACUGACUUCCUUCAGUAUCUUGCUAUCUUUCCUAAGGACCUGCAAAAAAAUGAGCCCUUUCCAUUAUUUGACUUAUUUGGCCUGGUGCCUCUUAUAUGAGGCAGUACCGUCGAGUUGCAUCAUGUAAGAAAUCCGUUGAGAAGGUCCAUAAUAUUCACUCAUACACAAAAGAGUCAUUAAUAUACCUAUAUCUAUCAGUGUAUCUCUAUGAUCAAGGAAAUCUACCAGGCCCAUGGCCAUUAGGACUGAAUCGCCCUAAAUAAGGGAAUCCGGAUUCCGCAAUCCUUAAAAUUUUUGCUUUUGGAAUCUGUUAUCCCGGGCUUUGGACUCGGGAAUAUAGCUCAGGGAAUCCGGAAUCCCACUAACAAACGGAAUCUAGAAUCCUAGACCCACUGACAAAGACUGGAAUCCAGUACCAGGAAUCCAGAAUCCAUGGAGUGGAAUCUCCAGAAUCCAAGAUUGGAUUCCGUAACAUGGGGCGAACUGAAUGUUUUCAACGCAAAAGGUACAAUAAACCAGUAGUUUUACUUGGUCUGAUUUGAUUCGAUUAGACUCCAUCUCCAUUGAGUAACCUCUGUCAACCAGGGCACAUCAGAGUGAAGGAGAAGGUGAUUUUGGGCUAGCUUAGGGAGCUAAUAUUUUCACCCAUACAGAUAUCGUCUAAAGUAGUGUGUAAAAAUAGUUUAUGCGGAAAAAAUAAACUGUUAUGCUGUGUUGGAGACAGUAUUCAAUUUUAACAUAUUUUGCCUAAUUUUAAUCACUACAGCUCUUUUAAGAAAUACUGAAAUAGGCAAAAAAAUUGUUCCCGGGAAUUGGUUGCCUGUUUCAGUAUUAAUUUUGUCACUACUGGGGAUCAAAUAAAGCUUGAGCCAGGCCAUUUGGCCAAACCCGUAUCUUUUACCUGUUCACACGGGUGUUACACCACAACCGGGUCGCUUCCGCGCACCUGUAAUGACACAAAUAGAUGCUGUUCCUCUCAAAAUGUGAUGCGUUUCUUUUUGUGUAGAUGGAGAGAUUGUUCCAGAGUACAUUCGCCGGAGCGAGGACCUGGAGGAGAUGGGACCCGAUCAUCCACUACAUAAUCUCGUAUGCCAGUGCUUUGAAAACAUCCCUGAGAAAAGACCCAGUGCUACUGAAAUCAUUAACACCCUUCUGAAAUUUACCAAAGAAAUAAAAGGAAAACUUCCUAGAAAGGCCACUGGGGAAAAAGUUGGGGCUAUGUCAAAUAUCCAAUACGACCACAAGUUUAAGGUUCUGGUUUUAGGCGAAUCCGGCGUUGGCAAGACGUCCAUAGUAGCUCGAUUCCUUGAUGCUCAUAGUUCGUUUCCUGACAACCCUUUUCCAAGCACCUUGGAAUCUGAGGAUCACUUCGAGCGUCUGCGAUUUCGCGACAAGUCAGUACAUCUUCACUUGGUCGAUGUUGGAGGGAACAGGUUCAGCCCGGCAGCCAACUUUGCCCCGCAGAUCUUCCGCAAGGUCCGGGGUGUGGUCAUCGUUUUUGAUCUCACCUCGCAAGUGUCUUUCUUGGAAGUUUCCACGUGGCUGGAAACCGUGAAGAAAGCCUGCCAUGUGGGAAUACCUAUGGUACUGGUUGGAAACAAGAAUGACGACUUGGACAGAUGGGUUGAUGGGCGGACGGUGGAGAACUUUGCCUUGAAAGAGAACUUGUUUUACAUUGAGGCCAGUGCAAAAAAACGAGAGAACAUUGACGAAAUCUUUUCUGUUCUUAUUGGUUUAAUGAUUGAGAAUGAAAAUCAGCUGGAAUCUUCUCUUGAUGGAAGCACGCUUCUUGACUCUCUGCGGAGAACAUUACCUGACGGCGAAAGAAUCGAGAAGAGCUUAAUUGCUGAAAGACAGAGAAGCCCUCGGCACGAAGUUCUUGAUCCUGGGGUUAUAGUGUUGGAGGACACGAAUGCUUCCGAUAGCAAAACGGGAAACAAUAGUGCAGCUAAAAAAACUGAAGAUGACGGUACCAAAAACAAGAAAAGACACUGGUGUUGCUUAGUAACCUAA